AUUUUUACAUACGCAUGACAAAAAUAUUUGAGAGAAACUUAAAAGUGAAAGAAAGAAAGGAUGGUUUAGAAGGAUGGAAAAGUGAAUAAUAUUUGGGGGGUGGUGUUUUUGAUGGCAGUAGUGGGGAAGGAGAGAGUGUACUAGAAAGUAAACGAGCACAAAUUGAUGCCUGAAAGAGAAAUGUGAAAGAAGAUGCUAACAAAGGUAGCAAAUAAGGCAUCAAUUGCAUCGUGAAACAAGUCAGGCAUUGGUCCAACUAAAUAGUGGGCUGCACAUAAUGCACCACCACCCAGCCAAACACCCUUGUCUUCAACACAAAGAUUCUCCCACACCACAACAAGACAAGCCUUUGUGUGUCUAUGUUCUAGUACUGGCCCAGCAACCUUUAAUUUCCUCUAAUCCUCUUGGAUUCUGUUCAUCAUUAUCUUCAAUAAAUUAUCUCAUUCUGAUUUGCAUGUGCAUAUAAGAAGGUUUAUUGUAGGAUCUGUGUCUCCUCUCCCUUUAAUUUGUGCUGCUUUGGGACACACAUUCGUUGGAAGGGUAUUGGAGAGAUUGUGUGAGAAGAGCAAUGAUUAAAAACCGGACCAGGGUGCAGGUUGUGGGAGAGUACCAACAUGAACUUGUCGGUUCUUCUGCAAGACAAAUUCUUGCAGUACCACUGUACUAGCCAAAACUCCUUCUCACUUCAAAACAACCUCUUCCCCUGUUCCUUUCCUACUUCCUUUUUAUGGGCCUGGAUGGCUGGUAGGAAACAACACCCUUCUUCCACCCUCUUCCCACUUUCUCUAAUCCAACAUUAACAAAUCUUAUCUCCUAAUCAAUCUUAACUCUUGUCUUCUUCUGUUGCUGGUGCAAUUCCCACUCCUCAACUCUUCACAUUCUAGCCCCAGUGGUGAGUUUUUUUGUUUUUAGAUUAUUUGGGUCUCUCUAGGGAAGUCUCAUUCUCAUAAGCUUUUUUUAUCCUUUUUGUCUUUGUUUUUUCCCCAAUAAAUAAAAUAAUAAUAAAGGUAUUCCCUUGUGUAGUGGUGCUAUAUAUACAGUUAAAUCAGUGAAUCACUUCUGAGAAUAGGAUUGAUUAGUGAAAAUUGGUUGGUGGGAUUAGCACCCAGAACGUCAAAAUCAGAAUAAGGAAAGAAUAAUUGUGGGCGUGGUAGUAAUUAUGUGUUUGGUUGAGUCUGGUGUGUUGGAUUAGAUGGGAUAAUUUGAAUUAGGGUUGAGGAGGGUACAGGAACAUCCACAAGCAUAAUUAAAAGCAAAAAUCAGGAAGAUGAUGAUGGUUUAGGAAAGAUUAGAGCUUGUCAUAAUUAGAGAGAGCAUAGAGGGUUCAGAUCAAACUAGAUCUUGGCAGAACCACAGAAAGCAAAGUCUGAUGGAAAUGGGAGGCCAAGAUAAGGAAAUAGAGAUACCAACAACAAGUUUAGGUUACAACCUUCCCAACCCAGAUUCUUCUUCUUCCUCUUCCAAGCUCUCUUCUCCAACAGUUGGUGAAAGAAGCACCACCACCACUCAUCAUGAUCAUCAUCAUCAUCAUCAACAACUUCAUCAACCUCACACAUUAAUCUUCAACGACCCACCUCACCAUAAUCUCUACCCACCACCACCUCCUCCUCUUGCACCUCGUCAACCUCAUACUCUCACACCAGAUCCAGAUCUAACCACCCCAAUUGCUCCCACAUCGAAUCCUCUAAGAACACUACACCCCCACACAACAACAAUAGCACCAGCAUCAACCUCAACCUCAACCUCAACCCCGUCGAUCAGGUACCGAGAAUGUCUUCGGAACCACGCGGCAAGCAUGGGGAGCCACGUGGUGGACGGCUGCGGGGAGUUCAUGGCAAGCGGCGAAGAAGGUACGCCAGAAUCACUAAGAUGCGCCGCGUGUGAGUGCCACCGCAACUUCCACCGGAAAGAGGUCGAGGGAGAGUUACAGCCGCAACAACCACCCCCACUGUCACUAGUACAGAACCACCACCAACAACAGCAACAGCAACAACAUGUUCCCAAUUAUCACAGCUACUACCCCAACAAGCACAAUGGGCAUCUUCACUACCCUACACCCUCUCCUUCUUCCCUCCAUCAUCAGAGAUUGGUUGGUAGCAGUGGCACACCGAGUUUGGUCCCCCCAGUGAUGAUGGCCUUUGGAGGCCCGGCCGAAUCCUCAAGUGAAGAUCUCAACAUGUUUCAGUCCAACACCGGAGGAGCACAGUUAUCAGUGCAGGCGCCGCUUUCUUCCAAGAAGAGGUUUAGGACUAAGUUCUCUCAGCACCAGAAGGAUAGGAUGAUGGAGUUUGCUGAAAAGAUUGGUUGGAAGAUUCAGAAACACAAUGAACAAGAGGUACAGCAGUUUUGUUCUCAAGCGGGCGUAAAAAGACAAGUUUUCAAGGUUUGGAUGCACAAUAACAAGAAGCACCCAAUGUAAGACUAGCCUACAACACUCUUCUUCUUUUCUUCUACCUUCCAUCUUGUUUGGAAAGAAAUAAAAACAAAAAAGAGACACCAGAUUAAUUCUUAAGUGAAUAAUAUUGUAGAUUUAGAUGUGCAUAUAUAUAUUAUUCAAGCAGAGGAAGCUAGAGCUAGCUAGCCAUAUAGCUACAUAGAUACAUUAAAUUGACAGCAGCUGUAUAACUUCCCAUUUUAAUUACUCAUUUUCGCCUGUGUAUGUUCUUUAUGAAUCAACACGCGGUUUCGUGUGGACUAGCCAGCAUAGAAAAUUUGGUGCAGAAAAACAUGUACGGAUUAAUUCUCAGUUUGUCACCUCUUUCUUCUCUCUUUUGGGGGCAAGACUAUAGAGAAAGAAAUUAAAAAAAGUGGAGGAGUUUUUGGUGGUUGUGAUGAAGUAGCUGUAUUACAAUAUUUCAUGCAUGAUACUUUGACGAACUUUUGUAUUUUAAUCAUGGAAGUGUUGGUUCGUGAACCUGUUCUCUUCCUUGGUGAUGAAUGUAGAAGGGUUUGGAGAAAAUAGAUCCCACCCAACCACAAUUUUGUCCUCUCAUACUCAUUCCAUACAUAGUCACCGGCCGACACAUGAAUUAGCAGACAAUAUCCGUUUUUUUCUCAAAUUGCCCUUUUCGUAAUAAUAUGCAUAAUGUGUGUAUUAUAUUGUCUCUACGCGAAUGAACCAGGAAGAUGUAGUCAAAUGAUGACAAAUAAACAAGGAAAAGAAGGAUCUGAGUAUACAAAUUUCUCCCUUCUUCACCCUCUCUCUCUCUUGUGUGUUAAACUCGUACUUGUCAAUGGUGAAAGUAAAGUUAUUUUUGUACGAAAAAAGUGCAGCCAGCCAUAUAAUGCUAUGAGAUUCGAGUCACAAUUAUUGAGUCAAACUCGGGAGUAGUAAUUAAUAAUCUGAAUCAGUUUCUAAUACUUACGAAUAAUGUGCUAAGUAAUCAUGUAAUGUAAAUAGCAAGUACAAGUUUGUGGCAAACAUUUCUAUUGUACAAGCAUUGGUUUAGAUUUUAAAAUCCAGAAUAUGAAGAGUGAAAAGGCUUUUCUUUUCCCCUUUAUUUACCAUUUCAAAGAGCUGAUACCUUCCAAGGUAAGUUGAUGAAAAUGGGCAACAUAUUCACCAUUAAUUUCCCAUGAAAUUCAAUUUUUGGAUAGAUAUAAUACAAUGCAUAUGUCCAAUGAAUAUUGAUGCCCUAAUGAGACUGCAUUUUUUUUUCAUAUAGAUAGAAUUUAUUUUUCUAAUAUGGGUUUCUAGUCAUAGAGUAAAUAAAAAUAUAUUGUAUUUCUUGCAUUAAAUGGAAUUUAAUUAAAAUUGGCUCCACCUUUCCUAAAUUUACUGGUGGCAAAGAGAGACAAAUAUAAUAGAUUUAUUUUUCUGAAGAAAAAUUGAAGCUAUUUUCACGGAGCAGAUAUUCGUUUCAGUUAUAAUACACUAAAAAUGAAAUCUUUAUUCAAUUCUAGAUUGUCACGGAACUACAAUAUUUUAAAAUCGUAUUUAACUUGAUUAAAAAAGGUUACAUUUUUUCCUAUAAGAAUAUAUCAAAGUUAAAGGUUCUUGUUACUUACUAAUUUCAUGAGAACUUACUAAUUUCAUGGUUUGGUUUAUGCAUCUAUUCUGUCAUUCCAAGAGGUGGGAUAACACAGAUUUUCAUUGAUUGAUCAAACUAAAAUGAAUAAUUAAAAAAAGAAAAUUCACGACAAAAAUAACAACUAGCUCCCACUAAAAAGACUUAUAAUAGAACCAUGAAGAAUAAAAAAAUCAGUGACAAAUUCAAACGUUUGAGAUUAAGAAUUAAAAACAUAAGAAGGAAAAAAAGCUUUGCAUUAAGAGCAAUAUUCAUGUUCAUAUUGAUUUCAGAAACGUCCAUAAAUUGAAAAACUAAAAUCAAUAUCAUGAAAGAUUUUGUCAUGCAUCCUCGUUCGUUAUUUUCAGAAGUGCUAAAAUUUUGAAUAUAAGCAACGCUACACGUAGCCUAAAUAAGGUGUGCUAGAGAUUAUUCCCAUGAUUCGUGCAAGUAGACGUGCAAAUUGAUGUCCCCAUUAAGUAAGAAAGUUUGAAACUUGUAGCAAUAUAUGUUGGGAGCAAAAGUUGCUAUCUUAAAUUAUAAGUUUGUAUGAGUUUAUUUAGUAACGAAUAUAUAUGGACCACCAUAAAGAAAACCACUAACAAAAUAAUACUACUACUCAUUAAAAAGAGAGGAUUACCUUUAUUAAACCAUGCACCUUUUACAUCUUCACGAUCUCUUCUUGUAAGAAAAAUAAGAAACUACGCUAGUUAUAGAAGGGCCCCAACAAUUUAUAUCAUUCAUCUGAGGAUCCAAUUACUGCAAAACGUCACACUUACAGGUACAUAACAUAACCUACUAAAAGCUACACAUUUAGUCCCUACGAAUCUACCUGGCAUCGUGAUAGAUCAGAGAAGAACCUAACUGUGGGACCUUUCAGGGUUUUUUCUCCUAACAUUAGGGAGAGUAGAGUUUUUUUUUCAUAAUGUCUAACAAGUAACAACCCACGACUGUUUCUGCAGCUAAACAAAAAAAAA